CCAGGGCGUGUCCUGGGGCGGGGCGGCCCAAGAUGGCGCAGACCGUGAGCGUGGGGGAGCUGGGGCUGCCCCAGCUGGAGCUGCUCAAGGGGCAGCUGGACCAGGAGGUGGAGUUUCUCUCCUCAUCCCUGGCCCAGCUCAAGGUGGUCCAGACCAAGUUUGUGGAGGCCAAGGAGUGUCUGAACGUGCUCAACAAGGGCAACGAGGGGAAGGACCUGCUGGUGCCUCUCACCAGCUCUAUGUACGUGCCCGGGAAGCUCUCGGACGUCAGGAGGGUCCUGGUGGACGUGGGCACUGGGUACUACGUGGAGAAGUCCGCCGACGCCGCCCGGGCGUUUUUCCAGCGGAAAAUCGAGUUCCUGACGCGGCAAAUGGAGAAAAUCCAACCGGCCCUGCAGGAGAAACACGCCAUGAAACAGGCCGUUCUGGAGAUGAUGACGCAGAAGCUGCAGCAGCUCACGGCGGCCCCGGGCGGGGCCAAGGCGUGACCCCCCCUUCAUCCUCCUCAUCCUCGAGGGGGUGGCCCCCCCAAAUCCCGGCCCCCUCAGCCCCCCCAGAUCCCCCCUCCCGUUUUGUAGCAGCUUUUGCUGCCAACCCCCAAUAAAGGAGAGACGGAG